UUUAAUCGGUUAUAUACCAAACCAUAUCCAAAUCCUACGGUUUUUAUAAAAUUAUAUCCAUUCGGUUUAUAUGGUAUAUACCAAAACCAAACCAUAUUGUCUAUUUCGGUUCGGUUCGGUUCGGUACGGUUCGGUUUUACCAUAUUGAACAGCCCUAGGCGUAGGUGUAGCUAACCGUAAACAAGAAACUGCAUGCAAUAGAAAAAGAAUUGGUUAUUGUUUUAACUAGUACUAGGUUUGAAUAUAUAGAAAGCCAAUCCUAAAAUUUUGGAGACUAUAGUCGAUCGAUUUAGUAAAAGCAUAUGUAUUUUUUUUACAAAAUUUAGAAUCCUAUGUGUAAUUUUUUCUACAAUUUUGAAAGUUAUAAGCAAUACUUCGUUUUUUUUAUAUAUCAUGACUGGUCUUGGGUUUGAGUUAAACCAUAAAUCAUUGUGUUCGAGGAGAAAAAUAGUUUAUGUUAUGUAAACAUUUUAGUAAAGUUUGACGUUGAUUUUCGAGGAUAUUAUGUUUUAUAAUAUACGAAGGAAACCCUAACUACACAAAAAUGUAACUAUUACACCCGUAAAAAUUACAAACGAUACAUACAAAAAUAUGUCGGUCCGCACGGUAAAUUUUAAACAGAGCCAAAUUCGAACCAAACCGGAAACAGAAACUCCCACAAAAAAAAGUCUGUUUUGCUCAGCCACCCUAUAAAUACAUCCUCAAACCCCAUCUCUCCACAUAAACAAAAACACAAUAAACUAAAACAAACUUAAACCAGUUCCUUUGUCUUGCAUCUUGGUGUGUUCUUGUUCUGUCUAAUGGGAGGCAACAGCAGUAAGCAAUUAUCUCUCUUCAGCUUCUAUAAAUCACGAAGGUCGUCUCAUAGAGUUCAAGCAGACGCCUGGGACGACGGCGUAUACACAAGGAAGGCAUGGGCCAGCGACGAGGACAAGCGAUAUUGGGUGGCUGAGCCAGGUAUUGACCGUAAAGCUUCUGCCUUCAUCGCCAGGUUCCAUGCCUCUCGUGUCUCUGAGUCCGAGCGCCAAACUCUCCCUCCUUGUCAGUCUCAUCCUAACUAGCCAUCAUCAUAAUCAUAACGAUUAUGAUGAAUUAAUUAUAAAAGAAGAAGCUAAUAGCUUGUUUAGUUUGGCUCUAUAUGUAUUUUAUCUUUUCUUUGAUGUUCAUGAUGAUGUCCUUACGAUUAUUUGUUUAUAAGAUGUCUUAUAUACAGCUUAAAGUCAUUAUCUACAAUUAAUAUUACAAAUGAACUUGUCAAAUUUAUAAUAACAUACGAAGUUUCAUAGAUACGUUUUAAGUGUUCAUGAAGACUGCCACAUAAAUAUUUCAACUAUACUUGUUAAUGAAAGAAGUUUGGAGAACUAAUAAACUAAAAUAUUAAGAGUUUUGGUCAAUCAACUUAUCACUAAUUGAUUUUAAAUUGUAAACCUAUGAUAACUUUAAAUUUAGUACGGAAAGUCAUCCGAUAUUGGGUCAUUUUGUGGAUGUUGUUUCCUCGAAAGUCCACACUUGAGUGUGAGGGAGGAUGUUAAUAAAUGAAUAAAGUUCUACAUAUCGGUAAUUAGAGAAUUAAUGAACUAAUAUAUAAAAAAUUAUGAUCAAUCUAAUUAUUACCAAUUGAUUUUAAGUUAAAUACGUACAUAGUACUUAGAUAUUGAUAUUAUUCGGGUCUAGGUAUUAAAAAUUGAGAUCCUACACUAUUGUUUCAUGUAUAUCGAUCUAUAGGAAGUACCUUUCUUUUUAGAACUGGCAUAAUCUAUAGGAAGUACUUGCACUUGGUAUUUAUUGCGAUUAAUUAAAUAAGAAGAAUUAGAUUUGGAGCUAGCUGUAGAAUCUAGAACAAUAUAUGCAGAUGAUUCUAUUUUCCCACUUGUAGUUUGUACAUAAAGGUACAUUUGUUCCUUGAUUUGCCCUCUUCCUCCCGCUCGCCAUCUUUUGCUUAUUUGUAUUUGUACAUUUGUUUUCCAGCUUUCUUAUUUAUUUUGAUAACAAUCACUUUUUGUUGUCUAUUAUAAUAUCUUGAUAUCCUUUUACUUUUUUUUUUCUUUUUCCUAAAAUUUGAUACACCAUAUUUUAGUGAUAAAAUCAUAUUUAUUAACAUAAAUGUUAUUUUAUAUAUAUAUAUAUAUAUAUAUAUAUAUAUAUAUAUAUAUAUAUAUAUAUAUAUUUGAAACAAAUGUAUGAGAAGAGAACAGAAAACAUUAAUUAUGAAAUUUAGCCAUGGUUCAGAUGGAAAUUAGUCGGGUAUUUCUACUGUGGAUUUGUUAACUACGCGGUCAGAACUUUCUACGGAUUUUAGCCGUAAUACACACAACGAUUUAAGGAGCAGAAACAACAAAAUAGAUGUUAUAAUCAUAAAGAGAUGAUGCAUUGUUCUCCUUAUGCAAAUAAGUAAAGUUAGGUUUUACUUGAUCUGUUGGUUAUAUUCCAUGUUCAAAAACGCCAAUACUCAGAUGAUCGAAAGAAUGACUGGAUGUCACAAAUAGUGUUAAUAAAUUACCUGUAAGUCUAUUACUAUAGGUUCAGCUGAUGAGGUUAUUAGCAAGUGAAAAUCUAACUUUAUUCUCUUACUAUGUUUACUACAUGUGAGAGAAAAAUAUUUUAUUUUUUCUUCAUAGUUUUUGAAGAGAAACCAGUUACGCAAAUUUCUAUUUUCAUUUUUCAUUUAUUUUGUUGUUUUGUCUUCUAAUUACUCCAUUUUAUUUUGUUUUCACUUACUUUAGUGUUUGCCAUUCAUACUCAUAACUGACAAAAAUAUUUUUUACAUUCUCUCUCUCUCUUUCUUAAAAAGUGUUAUUCUAAUUUUUUUUUUGUUUCAAAAAAGUGUCAUUCUAUCUUUCAAAUGCAAUUUUCAUAGAUAAUCUAUUUCUUACAUUUUCAAACAGCAAAUACACUUUUAUUUUAAUCAUUUUAUUUAAAUAAUUAUUCUUAAAUGAGAGUACAUUAAUAUAUUUUAUCAUUUUUUAUUCCGCAUGAAAUGUGUUAAAGUGAUAAUUUUUACGAAACGGAAGGAUUUAGUACUUAAGAGUUAAAUCUAUAGAUUAUUAACUUUUUAUGGGAUGGAUUCUUAUUUGUUUGAAAGUCUCAACAAACGAGAGAGAGAUUUGGUUAAAUCAGGAAAUUUAAUUGACAAGUCAUUGAGAGUGAUAAUAUCAAAACAUUUUAAAUUUAUCUAGGAAAUAUGUUAAACUAUGUCGACCAAAAAUAGAAAAUUUAAUUUAUAUAUAAUUGGAGCACACUUUCAACAAAAGUUUUGUAUUUGAAAAAAUAACAUGAUAUGUUUUGGGAAUCAUUCAAAUCUAUCAAAUUAAUUAGAUCCUGUAUCCAAAUUAAUAUGUCGGGAAUACCUAAAAGUUAAUGGCUAUAAGUUUUCUAUUUUCAUCUUUUUUUUGUUAGGGCUUAAAUAAAUGAAAAAAAAGUCAAGAUCAUGUAGUUUUUGCUUACUUUCCUAAUUAUAACCCAUCAAAAGUAAACCGAAAGUUAGGUUGUUCAUGGAAAGUGGAAACCAAAUAAAAUGCUAAUAACUCAUUGUAGCUGGGUAUUAUGGGUUUGUCCUAACUUGAAGAGCAAAUGAUCAAGUAGACAAUAUGAAGAUUCAUGUUUUUCAAUGAACGGUUUUGAGUUGUUUUAGAUUCGAACGAUAAUCUACAUUCACUUUUAAAUAGUAACAUUCGCAAUGCCUACAUUUUUAUGUUUGAUGCACUGGCAAGGUGUCCAUAUCUACAGACUCUACUGCAAUAUAUUUAGAAUAUGGGGCUUAGCUUUUUUUAGAUAUGUACUUUUUGACCCAAAACAAGUAUUUUUGAGCUGGAUCUAAUUCAAAAUGUCAAAUUGCUAAUAAUGUGGACAUCAAUGGAACUAACCUUUAACGCUGCCCAACAUUUCGUGAAGACGAGGGAUCAAUCGUUCUUUCUAUAGCGAAGAUCAUGUAAUAUUUUAUCAUACUCCUUAGUCAAUCCACUGAGAGUUGAUUUUAGGGAUGCAUUACUUGGUAAUAUUAAAAUUUUUUACCAAAAAAAAAAAAAACUUUUUUUUAAACAAGUAUACAAAAUUAAAUUUAAAGUGAACAAAUUUAACUGAAAGAGUAAAAAAGAUAACGAUUAACAAUUUUUCAAAAGACAUAAUUUUAUAGGUAUUUUGUAUGUCUGUCUCAUAAAUUAUUGUACAGGUAUAAAUAUUCGUUUAUUAGUUUUGACGUGUCCAAAUCAAUAACAAACCCUAAUUGUAAUGUAAUUUCUCGAUCAAUUACUACUGACCAUCCGUUUAAAACACAACACAUUUUUGAAAAACCAAGAAACAUAAUCAUCCAAGAAUGGUGCUAUCUCCUAUUUCAAGAUUCUAUCUAUAUAUUCUUCGAUGGUUUAUUUAUGCUUAGACCUACACGAAACAAAAGACAAAACCUAGAGUACAAGUAGGCUGUAUAAUUGUUCUGUAUUAACAGAUUCAUGAUUUGAAGAUCAAGUCACGCCCAUCAAUUUGGCUUUGAAACACUUUCUGUCAAAAUGGACAAGACAUGACUUCGUGUCUCUCGUACUAGAACCAACCAUCUAAAAUCUCUUUUCCUUUUCCUACUAUAAUUUUAUUUCAUUUUUAACUUUCUAUAAGCUAUUUGAUUUCUUUUAUUGGGUAUCUAUUUACAUACCGAAUCAUAUGAAUUUAAUAAUUAGAUGAAUAAAGGAUCGGAAUAAAAAGUUCUACCGCAGAGUGUAAAAGCAGAAAAGGACUGAAAACAUGCUAGAAGUUACAGUUCAAAAAAAAAAACAUGCUAGAAGUUAACCAUGGGUGCGUAGCGGUAAAAGUUGAUUUGGGAAUUGGGACAAAUAUUAAAACCGUCGUCUUAAAUUAAGCUGAGACGGAUCAAAUAUCCAUAGUAUUUUAGAUAUCUGGAUCCGGAUAUCCGGAGUUAGGAUAUCCCGACUAAACUUCAAAUAAUCGCAGAUAUCCAGAUUUAAAAAAAAAAUUAAAAUAAAAACUAACAAAUUAAUAAUUUAUUUACUAUUUAAUUUUUUUUUUGUAAACAUAAUUGAAAAGUAUUGAAAUUUAAUAAAAUUAAAAUUUUAUAUAUUUAUAUUAAAUUUAUAUAUAAUAUACAUAUAUAUAUAAUUAUAUUUCUAAUAUUUUUAAAAUAUAUAAUAGGCCCGGAUUUGGAUCCGAGCCUGAAAUUUCACUAUCCGGAUCCGCCAAAUCUGUAUUCGGAUCUGUAUCCGGAUCCGUAAAAGUACUAUCCCGAUGCAGAUUUAAACUCCUGUAUAUCUGUUUUUCGAAGCGCAUCCUGAAUCCGACAAUAGAUAUCAGAUAUUAAUUUUCAUGCCUACUAUUUGGUGAGCAAAAAAAAUCAUACUUCAAAUUUUAACUAAAAAAAAUUAGUAUUCAAUACUAGAGGCGAACCUAGAAAAGUUAUUAAGUGGGUGCAUUUUUAAUAUUAAAAAAAUAUAUAUGCAAAAAGAUUUGUACAGCAUUUUUAAUAAUAAAAAAUACAUAUGCAAAAAGUUUUGUACUUGAGAUAUUAUGGGUGCAUAGGCUGAGCUUUACCACGUGAGCCAAUGUCCAUUGAAAUAUUAAUAUAUAUAUAUUUUUUUGUUAAGAAUGUAAAUAUUGUUUCACCAAAUGAAAGUUGAGAUCUACAAAAUAAGAUCGAUAAAAUGUAAGACUUGUAUAUUUGGUUCCACAAAAAAAAAGGGUAAAAACAUGCCACUACACUUGGUAACGUAGCUUCGCCUCAGUAGUCAGUACUGUCGUUUGAGAGAAUAGCUGGGUUUCGUCCUGACACCACCAUCGGUUAACAAGAAAAAUUAUGCUAGAAAUUGUAGUAGAAAUAUAGCAUGCACGUAUCAGGUAUUAACCACUUUCUUUCUAAUUCAAAAGGGACUAACGUGAUGUUUUUCUUUUGUUAAGGACUAACAUUUUGAUCUUUAGUAAUCAAUGUAGUAAUACAAAAACAAAGCGGAGAAAAAGGAGGACGAUACAACAAAAACGAGUUCAACUUUUCGGCGAGUCGCUGGCCACAACGCAAAGCAAAUGUAGUAAUACAGAAACAAGUCGCUGGUGACUGGUCUGAUAAACAUGCUUUCAUCCUAGUCUUUUUUUGGGCUGCUGCCACUGGUUGCCAGUGACUAUUUAUUGAGCCCAUUGGGCCUAAAGGAUGAGAGCUAUUUAUGGAGCUCCAUUAACCUGUUAAAGCUCGAUGCAAUAUAUUAUUAGCAGGGGCUAGUUUUAUUAGUUUUGAUGAAUAAAUAAGUAGCAUUUUAGCCGAACUUCAAAAAUAGUUGCCAAAUUCACGAACCCAUUUUGAUUGGGAUAGUCUCACUUAUAUAUUCUAAGUUUCUAACUCAUUUCACGAAGUUUCACAGACUUUCAACAUAAAGUAUGUCUUUCAACACAAGAUGAUAUUAAAAAUGGAGUGAAUUAAUUGAUCUACAAAUUUACACUUAUAAAACGGAUUGAAUCAGUCCAAACCAAUCUAAAGUAAUGUCGAUUUUAGAUCAGAUCAUUUGGAUUAGGUUUGGGUUUGUUCUCUUAUGAAUGCAAUAUAUAAAACACACGAUAAUCACAUACUAAAAUUUCUCAUGUAUUUAUUUUACAAAAGAAUUUGCCUUGCCCCAAAGGGUCUAGCAUCAGCAAAGGAAUGGAACUUGGCUCAACAAAAACCCACAGCACUUACCUCACAUCAACAGCCUGAGACAGAGACGACAUCAGCCCCGACGAGCCACCAACUUCGAACGACGGUUACAUGUAACACAGAUGCGGCGUGGGAUAAAGACAGGAAGAAAGCUGGACUAGCAUGGACUCUCUCUGGGUCCUCCCUUCCAAUCACGAUGAAAGGCACCCUUGUGAAGGAUUUCAUCGGAUCACCUCUUGUGGCAGAAGCCCUGGCGGUGAGAGAAGCUCUAUCAAAGGCAGUAGAACUCGAGAUCUCCGAUCUUAAAGUCUACACCGACUGCACAACGCUCCUUGGAGCAAUCAACGGUUUAUCGCAGAGAAAAGAGAUUAUUGGUAUCGUUUCUGACAUCAGAUCAAUCUCAACUGCUUUCGCCUCUAUCUCCUUUUUUCAUGUUCCAAGAUCGAAAAAUAUUAUCUGCGAUCAGUUAGCUAAAGCGUCUCUCCGUUUGUCUGUAAUGAAUAUGGGCCAGGCCCAUUAAACCUUUUUCAGCAUUACUUAAUAUAAUUUCAGUGACAAAAAAAAAAAAAAAA